AUGGAACUGCGUCUUGCAGUGAAGAAUCGUAAAUGGAAGCGUGUUGUGGAGAUUUACAUUGAUGAUCCAGAGACUCAGGAGAGCAGGAUCAACAGGUGGGGAGACACGGCAUUGCAUGCGGCCAUUGAGACAGAGGGCACUGGUACUGUCAAACGAUUGAUCCGCGCAAUCAAAUCCCACCGGCCGGGAGGUGAAGAAGCCCUACACAUUCUGUCACUGAAAAAUAACAGAGGCAAUACUCCUCUUCACUGCGCAGCCGCUCGUGGCUCAGACGUCAUCAAACUGUUCCACAAAUCACUGAUUGGGGUGCGUAAUGACAACGGAGAGACUCCUCUCUUCUUGGCUGCCCUUCAUGGUCACCGAGAGGCCUUCCUCGUUCUCCACCGUGCUGCCGGUGAAGAUAGCCCACUGUAUUGGAGAAGGAACGACGGUGACACUAUGCUUCAUUGCACUAUUAGGAGAGAAUACUUCGGUUAUUAUGUCGUGUGUGAUCCAUCAUCAUCAUCAUCAUCUAACCAUAAGAAUACAUGCACGCAUCAUCAUAAAGUCAUUUAUGCCGAAGAGCCCAAUCCUCCCACUGAUGAUGAUCGUGAUCGUGGAGAAGAAAGUACUAUCGAUCUUGAAGAUUCAGAGAUGACGAUGGAUGAGGAGCAACCGACCAACAAAAGUGUUACAGAGGAGGAAGUAAUUCGUACCUUUGAAGCUGUUUUCAGAUUCCCUAGUAGUACGUACCCUACUAGCUAUUAA